CGGCCGCGCUACGGAAGGGCGGUGUGGCGGCGCCCGGCCGUCUGUGGGCCUAGCGGCCCUCGGGGCUCACUGGGGCUGCACGCGGGUGCCCUGCGCAGGUUGCUGGGCCGCAGCCGGGCGCGGCCUUCCGGGACGCAGACGGACAGAGGCGUGUGGGGGCCGCGGGGUCCGCGGGCCUUGCUCCUCCCCGGACGGGGCGGGACGGGGAAGUCCCGCCCAGGAGGCUCGGGCCCCGGGCCGCCCCUAGGCCUGCGCCCGCCUCCUUCCUGCUGUGGCGACCCCAGGCAGGGAAGGCGGGUCCGAGCCUAGAGAAGGUACGCGAGAGGCUGGCGGGUCAUGCCUUGGUUACCCCGCGCCGCGCUCCUCUGGGACGUGGUCCUGGGCUUUAUGGGCACCGCCGCCUUCCUGAUCGACCUGGGCGCCGACCUGUGGGCCGCGGGCCAGUAUGUGUUCAGCGGCCGCUACCUGUGGGCCGCGCUGGUGCUGGCGCUGCUGGGCCUCGCCUCGGUCGCGCUGCAGCUCUUCAGCUGGGUUUGGCUGUGCGCCGACCCCGCCGGCUUGCACGAGCCUCAGCCCCCGGGCCGCUGCCUGGCGCUGCUGCACCUUGUGCAGCUGGGCUACCUGUACAGGUGCGUGCAGGGGCUGCAGCAGGGGCUCCUGGUGUGGCAGCAGGAGGCGCCCUCUGAGUUUGACCUGGCUUAUGCCGACUUCCUGACCAUGGACAUCAGCAUGCUGCGGCUCUUCGAGACCUUCUUGGAGACGACACCACAGCUCACGCUGGUGCUGGCCAUCGUGUUGCAGAGUGGCCGGGCCGAGCCCUACCAGUUGGCUCUUAUGUGCCAGGUACGGGGCUGCUGGGGACCCCAAGGGAGCAGAGUGUCUUAUACCCUGAAGGAGCUCAGAGACAAGGCAACAGAGAAUGACUGUGUGCUAAGACUCCAGAGGGAAGUGGGGGUCAGCAUCGGCACAUCCUUCGUGGGCAUCUCGUGGGCGCUGCUUGACUACCACCGGGCCUUGCGCACCUGCCUCCCCUCCAAGUCGCCCCUGGGGCUGGGUUCCUCUGUGGUCUACUUCCUGUGGAACCUGCUGCUGCUGUGGCCCCGGGUCCUGGCCGUGGCCCUCUUUUCCGCUCUCUUCCCCCACUCCGUGGCCCUGCACUUCCUGGGCCUGUGGCUGGUGCUGCUCCUGUGGGUCUGGCUGCAGGGCACGGACUUCAUGCCAGAUGCCCGUUCCGAGUGGCUGUACCGGGCCACUGUGGCCACCAUUCUCUAUUUCUCCUGGUUCAACGUGGCCGAGGGCCAUACCCGGGGCCGCGCCACCAUCCACCUGGUGUUCCUCCUGAGCGACAGCAUCCUCGUGGCAGUCACCUGGUCAACUCACACCAGCUGGCUGCCCAGUGGGAUCCCACUGCACGUGUUGCUCCCAGCGAGCGGCCUCUGCUUCCUUCUGGGCCUGGCUCUGCGGCUGGCCUACUACCGCUGGCUGCACCCGAGCUGCCGCUGGGAGCCUGACCGGGUGGAUGGGACCCGGGGCUUCCGCUCCCUCGAGGGCCUUCAGUUGCCUCACAACAGCCGCAUGACCCGGUUGGCGCAGAACUUCUUCCCUAGGGUUAGGGAGGAGGAGGCUGCUUUGCCACAGAAAGAAGAGGUGAAUGGGGUGGCCAGACCCAGCAGGCCCAGAACGGAUGGACUCAACUGGUAGAAUCCAGAGGAUAAGCUAAUGAUGCUGCUAUUGGCCUUGAUUCCCUCCAGAAGCACCCGAUGUCCGAUGUGACAGGCCCUGGAGACCCGAGUUGAGUAAAGACUCAGGCCUGCCUUUGAGGAUGAGCAUAAGAUGCGAACGGCUGGGCCCUGGAGAGUCAGGGGCUCCAGUUACAUACAGGACACUUUGGAAGGAAAGAAGAGACCCCGCCCCUUCCCCAUCCCAUCCCCACCAACUGAAAGAGUUGGUACCCCAGAGCUCCUAGAGAUGGUAUUUUCGCCUCCCCAGCCAUCUCCAAAAUCAUUGGUGGAGGUGCUGUUCCACGGCUUGGUUCCCUGAUCCUGGGCUAGAAGGCCCAGGAUCUCCAGGUUGUGUUCAGAAUUCUUCCUCUCUGCCUUACCUGUCAUUCUGGUCAUCCAGCAGAUGUUUACUGAGAGCCUUGUCUGUGGCAGGAAUAUUCUGUCCUUGGAGUCUGGAACAAGACUUCCCUCUCUAGCUACUCCUGAGUGGGUGGUCAUGCUGGAAGCCAGGGAUGUCCAGCUAGUGGCCCUGUCUGCCUCCCCAAGGCCUCAGUGCACCCAGCCCAGCCUCUGGCCCUGCUCUCAAGUGGCCAUCUUUCAGCCAAGUGCUUGUGAUCCUGUGGUCUGGGCCAUGGCUCAGCCUGUUGAGUAUUUUUCUACUUUAGGCAAUACACUUUCUACCUCAGAGUCUAUGUGAGAGGAAGAGAACGUGCAUCCAUAUGUGUCUCUGCAAGUGAAGGACAUGUAUGUGUUGUUUUUGUUUAACAAUAUUAUUAGAUUAUUAUUAAAACCUCAUGAAACCCUCC